AAGCGACUCAAACAGUUGAUUCGUGUGUUGUAGCGAAGUGGUGAAAACUAUUCCAUCUAAUUGUUGUACAGCAACAAGUUAAUAGAUACAAUUAAUUACGAAAGUGCAGACAAAAACAAAAACCCUCAUGAAUUGGGCAGAAAUUUCGCUGGAAGGUCAUGAGCAACUGCUCACAUUGCCGCUGGGCGAGAUCAAAGGCCAAUGCUGCCAGACAAUUUAUGCGCAGGCUUAUUACAGUUUCGAGGGCAUACCCUAUGCUAAGCCACCGCUGGGAGAGUUGCGUUUCAAAGCGCCGCAACCUGUUGAACCUUGGACUGGCGUGAAGGAUUGCACACAAUGUGCCAGCAAGCCGCUACAGAAGAAUUCACGCAUCGGCAAGGUAGAGGGAUCCGAGGAUUGUUUAUAUCUGAAUGUAUAUACAAAGCAAUUGAAAUCCGAGCAACCGUUACCUGUCAUAGUUUUUAUCUAUGGUGGUGCUUUUUACCAAGGCGAGGCCACGAGAAAUGUUUAUGGUCCGGACUAUUUCAUGAACGAGCAAGUCGUACUGGUUACACUCAACUACCGGUUGUGUUCCUUGGGUUUUCUCAGUCUGGCUGACCCCGCGCUGCAAGUACCCGGCAAUGCUGCGCUCAAAGAUCAAAUUCUCGCGCUCAAAUGGGUGAGACAGUAUAUCGCACAUUUCAAUGGUGAUCCCAACAAUGUAACGCUUUUUGGUGAGAGCGCCGGUGCGGCCUGCGUACACUCGCUAAUGCUUAGUGAACAGACGCGCGAUCUCUUACAACGUGUUGUACUUAUGUCUGGCUGUGCACUAAAUUUUUGGGUUAAUAUGCCGCAAACGGAUAUGGCCUAUAGAUUGGCAAAAUUUCAUGGCUACAAUGGGGAGAAUAUUGACGCAGAUGUGUUAUGCUUUCUACAACAAUUAGAGCCUGACAAACUGGUACAACAUUCACUACUCAAUGAAGAGGAACGCCAAAAGUUAUAUAUGUUUCCGUUCGGCCCCAUUGUAGAACCAUACAUUAGUGAGGAUUGUGUAUUGCCAAAACGGCCGUUUGAGUUGCUAAAAAGUACGUGGAGUAAUCGGAUGCCAUUGAUUAUUGGCGCCAAUUCCUUUGAAGGUCUCUAUAUGUACCAGCGUCUGAAAAUGUUUCCACAAAUAAUGCAGAUGCUUUUAAACUAUCCUGAACGCAUUUUGCCGGAGGAUGCAAAAUCCGCUUAUACGCCCGAACAAUGGCAGGAAAUGGGUGAGAAGCUGCUGAAGUUAUUUUUUAGUCCUAAGCAGCCGAGUGAUCGUUCGAUGUACAAAUUUCUCGAUAUCUAUGGUUACAAGCUCUUUUGUCAUGACAUCCAUCGCUGCAUCUUGGCGCGUUUGGCUUAUGCGAAUGCCUCUACAUAUCUCUAUCGUUUCGAUUUCGAUUCACCCGAUUUCAAUCUAUAUCGUGCCAAGUAUUGCGGACUCGAUCAAGUGCGUGGUGUAGCUCACGCUGAUGACUUAUCGUAUACGUUUUUCUCAAACGAUUCAUGGAAAGUCAGUACCGAUUCGGCAGAAUACAAAAUUAUCAGACGGCUAAUAGGUAUUAUUGCGGCUUUUGCCAAGAACUCUGAUCCUAAUUGUAGCGAAAUUAAACCCAUUGUCUGGAUGCCGCUAGAAGACGCCAACCCGAAUUUGGCACUGAAUAUUAGCUACGAUUUAAGUAUAAUGGAGUUGCCGGAGAGUGCGAAACUCAAUGCUUUGGAUGAAUUAUUUGCAUUGAAAGAGCAACUGUAUUAAUGGGAAAAUUUGCUCUUGUGCUCUCGUC